AGCUAUGUUCAAAGGCAGGUCAACAACAGACAAAAAGGUCUUUGGCAUAGACGGCCUGUCUCCUGAAAUGAUGCAGCUCAUCAUUGAGUUUGCGUACACCGGCUCUGUUUCUGUGACAGAGGAUAACGCACAGGAGCUGCUGCUAGCAACCCAUCAGCUGUACGUAAUGGAAAUUGUACAAGCUUGCAGCGAUUUCCUGGGGGAACAGCUCAGCCCAAAGAACUGCAUUGGCAUCUGGCAGCUCACCAACACCUGCUUGUCCCCCGAACUGCAGCGCAAGGCCUACCGCUACAUCACUGAUCACUUUGAGGAGGUUGUUUCCUGCGAAGAGUUCCCGCAUUUCUCUGUGCGGGAACUCACCGCCAUCCUCGGUAGAGACGACCUCAAUGUGAGAAAGGAGAGCAUUGUGUAUGAGGCCAUCCUUCACUGGAUCGCCCACGCGCCUGAAGAACGGAAAAAACACAUCGCUGUACUCUUUUCUAAGUUCCGGCUGGCCUUGACAAACAAAGAUUACAUCAACAUGAAGGUACUGUCCAAUGAGCUGGUCAGGAACAGCCCUGAGUGCAAUCACACAGUCAUAGAUGUGCUUAAAAGGAUACACAUCAUCAAAAACAGCAGCUGGUUGUCUGGGCUUCGUAAGCCUCUCACCUGCCCUCGCCUGCCUAAUGCCGUCCUGUUGGCCAUUGGAGGCUGGAGCGGCGGCAAUCCCACCAACAGCAUUGAGGCAUACAAUAUCCGCGCUGACUGCUGGAUCAACGUGACGAGCAGAUGGGAGCAUCCUCGUGCCUAUCACGGCACUGCCUUCCUCGAUGGGUAUGUCUACUGCGUUGGUGGUUUUGACCGACUGGAGCAUUUCAACAGCGUGCGCAGGUAUGACCCCAGCACACGCUCCUGGACUGAGGCAGCACCCAUGCACUGCUGCCGCUGCUACGUGAGCGUUACUGUGCUAAACGGAUACAUCUAUGCAGUGGGAGGUUUUGACGGUCACACACGACUCAGCACUGCAGAGCGCUACAGGCCCGAGGCCAACCAGUGGAGUCUUAUUGCACCCAUGCAUGAGCAGAGGAGCGACGCCAGCUGCACAACACUCCGCAACAAGGUUUACAUUUGUGGUGGUUUCAAUGGGAACGAGUGCCUGCAAACGUGUGAGUGUUACAGCCCAGAGACCAACCAGUGGACAAGGAUCACCCCCAUGAACAGCUGGCGCAGUGGAGUUGGCGUCAUUGCAUAUGCAGACCACGUCUAUGCGGUUGGUGGCUUUGAUGGUCACAACCGUCUGAGCAGCGUUGAGGCCUACAAUCCCCGGACCGACACCUGGCAUGCAGUGUCCUCCAUGAGGGGCACCCGCAGCAACUUUGGCAUCGGAGUGAUUGACGAUCAGCUCUUUGUUGUCGGGGGCUUCGAUGGCUUCACCACCUCCUUUAAGGCCGAGUACUACGACGCAACAGUUGAUGAGUGGUCUGAGGCCUGUAACAUGAAGAUUUUCCGCAGUGCCCUGAGCUGCUGCGUGGUACACGGGCUCCCCAACAUGAAUCAGUAUGCCCUCCCUCCUGACGCCCUCCCGUUUUUAUAUCUGGAGGAUGACUCGGUGGAUUCAGGAGACUCCAUCUGA